GCUGCUAUCGCUGCUGGACUACAAAAUGAUCCUUUUGUUGAAAUGCAUCAUCUAUGGGAAGCUCGUGAUCGAUUGAUCAUGGGACCGGCGAAACGUCGUUCAUUAGAUGAUCAAACAAAUCGAGUAUCAGCAUUUCAUGAAGCUGGUCAUGCUUUAGUCGCAUUGUUGACUGCUGAAAGUACACCAUUACACAAAGUAUGA